ACCUUUUUUCGGGGGGCAAAAGAAUCGUUGUUAUCGUGCAUCUCUAGGGUGGCUGAUUGAUUGCUCUGGGUGUGAUUACUUCAGCCUGGCUAGCUUCUACACCAUUGCAUAUCAUUUGUGCUCAGCCUGGGCUUUAUAACUUAUAUUUUGCACUAAAAAAAAGAGUACAUUUCACCUUCUUAGAUAUGGCUGAUGAGGAAUUGGAGGCUAUCAGGCGGCAGCGUAUGGCAGAACUGCAGGCAAAACAUGGGGGUGUAGUGUGGAACCCGAUGGAGACGGACUCCUCCGAUGAACAAGGGCAACAGGAAGCCAAGCAGAGAGAAACAGAAAUGAGGAACACAAUACUGGCCCAGGUUUUGGCUCAGUCGGCCCGUGCCAGAUUGAGUAACCUGGCGCUGGUGAAGCCUGACAAAGCAAAAGCUGUGGAAAAUUAUCUGAUACAAAUGGCUCGAAUGGGCCAGCUCGGGGGAAAGAUCUCAGAGUCCGGUUUAAUAGAGAUCCUUGAAAAAGUCAGUCAACAAACAGAGAAGAAAACAACUGUCAAGUUUAACAGGCAGCGAGUGAUGGACUCGGAUGAAGACGAUGAUUAUUAAAAACGAGUAUUUGCUCCAGUCAGUGUGCUGGUGAGAGAUUACUGUGCUACUCUGGAUCUCGAGAAGCACCAGUGUCUGACCAAAGGCCUGAUCUGUGGAGAGCAUCCUGGGGGGGGGGAAGACUCCUGUUCCUUUGGCCACACAGGAACUUCUGAUCCAUGUUGUUUCUAUUAUAUCACACUAUUAUCAUCUAUUAUAUUUUCACUUCUAGAAUUUUUUUCCACAAAACAACAAUGUACAGUACAAAUUUUAUAUUCUAUCUGCUUUGGGAAUACUGUGUUUCCACCCCACUCCAAAUUAGUAUCAAAAUGGAACAGGCCUUCUUGUCAUCUCUCAAUUUUUGAAUCCCCUGUGCAACAGUUUACAUAAUUAAAAAAAAGCCUUAUAUACAA